ACAAUUACCAAACUGACUAAACUUGUACAUUCGAGGUGCCAAACGUCUACUCAUUGAACAUAGCCAAAAACCCGGAACCGUACAGAGUCUACAAGGAACAAGCCCAAAUAAUAAAAUCAGUUUAUAAAACCUCGUGAAUAUUGGACAUUAAGUUGAUGGCAUUGAGGUAAUUUGGUUAUACUAUCAAAAGGUGCGCUACUUCUUGACGUGGUUUACCUGGCAUAUCUGUGUAUGUGUCAUUCUAACUUACGGGUGAUACUACACUUAAACCAUUAGAUCCGAAACUUUUAAAUCUAUUGAGGUUCAUCUGAUAUUUUUUGUUCUGGCUACAAACAUCUUUUCCUAUCACGUUUCCAAGGUUACUGGUAACUUCGUUGAGGCUUGCAGUGAGUGAAUGCUGCGUUCCUCCUUGUGUUACGUACGUUUGAUAACAAUACCUAAACGGUUCCUGAAACAUAAACGCCCUGAAGAUAGGAUGAUACCACCACCACACUCAAUAUCACUAACCGUUGUUGGCAAUGGACGUGCUGGUUCCUCGAAAUCGAUGCUCAUUGACACAGGAGUAUGUCGUUAUCUAGUCAACUGUGGUGAGUCAACACAAAGAGUCCUGGCAGAAUAUCGAAUGAAAGCUUCGCGCAUACAUCAUGUUUUUCUCACGCGUAUGUCUUGGGAUUGCACUUCUGGAUUACUAGGUGUGGCGUUGACUGCAAAGGCCGCAGGAGUUAAGAAGUUAACUAUACAUGGACCCCCAGAACUAGAACGCCUGAUGCAAUUGACUCGUCCGUUUACUAAUUGUAAAACAACCGAUAUCGUCAUGAGUGAAAUUCAUGAGAAGUGUUACACUGAUAAUGCAUUUCGCGUACAAUCUUUCCAAAUAUUCAAGCCAACAAACGUAAAUGAAGAACCAGUCUACAAACGACGAAAAGGAAAUCUGGAUCAUGUGUCAGAAUCUAGUGUUUUUAUGUACUACUUCCAGCCAUUUCGUACACGUCGUAAGUUGAUUAUGUCAAAAUUCAAUGAAGCAUGUAUACCAGCAUCUGUUUUGAAAUCCGGGGAAAUACAAACUGUUAUAAAUGGAGAAAAUUUAAUUUUAAGUGAUGGACGUAUAAUAUCUCCGGAUGAAGUAACUGCGCCAUCACCACCAUCAAAAAAUAUGCUUUUCAUCGACUGUCCGAAUUCUGAUUACAUUCCUGCAUUUAUAUCCAAUGAAGAGUUUUUCAAUUCUAUUCAAGCUGAAGAGUCCAAUGAAAAUCUGACCUCUGGUGUAUCCUUAGUUGUUCAUUUUACACCACCAGGCAUGUUCUAUUCAAACCAGUAUCAGAAAUUUGUACAGAAGUUGGAAGAGUGUGCAUUGCGGAAAUCUGAUACAGAGGAUCCAAGUACAACACUGAAACACUUGGUUCUUGAUGGUACUGGUUAUGUAACCGAUCGUGUUGGUAUGUAUUCUCAAACAUUCAUCCUGAAUCGGUUUUUCGACUCAAAGGUCUACCCACUGCUUUUCGAUAUGGCAGAUUCCGAUACUGUUUCUAAACGGAACGAAACAAUAUCGAAGAAUGUUGAUCCUUUCUCUUCCGUUGUAACUGCUGAACCUUAUUUACAGUUUUCCUUAAGACCAUGGACAGGGUUUAACAAACCUACUUAUCCACAAUUGAAUGGUGAUGAAUUUGUGUCACAAAUUUUUGAUCCAAUUUAUAUGAGUUUACAAGAAGCAGAAGAACAAUUUGUCAAAAUGAGAGAAUCCAUUGAAUCCAACAAACCACCAGCUCAUAGAUUAGCAUCAGAGGCGUAUCCUGAAAUCACAUUUCUUGGCACUGCAUCUUCUUCUCCUAAUAAAUAUCGUAAUAUCAGUUGUAUUAUUAUGCGGCUAGAUCCAGAUAACUAUAUAAUGUUGGACUGUGGAGAAGGUUCCUUAAGUCAACUAUAUGCACUACAUGGUGUCGAAAAAGGAAAUGAUAUUUUGCGCAAACUUCGAUUAAUUCUUGUUACUCAUAUGCACGCCGAUCAUCAUGGUGGUGUCUUCACAGUGGCUCUAGUUCGUUCCAAUCUACUUAAAUCAGAUGGUAUUGACCAAUCCAAUUGUUUAUUACCUGUCCUUACUCCAUCGGAAUUCUGUCAUUGGUUAGCUAAUUUCAAUAAACUUUUCCAUUAUGACCAAAUUGUUGACCCAUUCAUCAUACCAAUUAUUUACGAUGAACAUGAUAAGAAUUCAAAUCCUUCAUGGGUAUUAAACAUGAAACGAAAUGAAACAGAGAACUGGUUAAAAUUAUUAGAGCAGCUUGAUAUUAAUAUCCGACCGGUCAAGGUUCCGCACACACAUUCAUCAUGGGCGUUUAUUAUUGAUAAUCCUUAUCCAUUCAAAAAUUUGGUAAACAAUAAAAAUAUUGCCGAAAAUUGUUCUGAAACACAACGAAAAUGGUCUAUUGUUUAUUCUGGUGAUACCCCUUCAUGUCCUGAACUUGUGAGAGCUGGAAAAAAUUGUGAUUUACUCAUACACGAAGCUACUGUAAAUGAUGAAUAUGUAGACUUAGCAGUUAAAGCAAAGCACAGCACAACGAGUCAAGCUAUUCAAGCUGGACGUGAUAUGAAUGCUUCGUUCAUUCUAUUAAAUCAUUUUAGUCAACGAUAUGGACGUGUACCACCGAUAGAUGAAUUUAAAUCGGAUGUGGCCGCAUCUUUUGAUUUUAUGACGGUGAAAUUUUCUGAUUUACCACGACUACCCUAUUAUAUUCCAUAUUAUCAGUAUGCAUUCGCUAAACAUUGGAAUAUGGCUAGAACUAAAGCAGAUUCUUAUACAUGUCGUAAACUCCGUGAAGCUGAUGAAUUGCUUGAAAGUGAAAAUGGUCAUUGUGCAAAAACUAAUGACGGUGUUGACGAUUAUAACCGUUUAUUGAAUGAACAAAGUGUGAAAGGAUAAAUUGGAAGAUAAUGAACAUAACAGACACCUAUUUGAUUCCUGGUUGUUUCGUUAUUUUUUUUCUUUUUAUUUCCCUUUCAAUCACAUCCUUGUAACAAAAUAGAUUGUUUCAGUUUUUCAUUAUGUUGAAUUCGUUUGUUUUUCCUUUAUUAACAUCAAAUAUCAUAUAUUCAUCACAUCAUUACAUGUAAAAUAAACAGAGUUUUCUAAUCGCUGAUACUCAUUUGACUGUGCAAAGAAAGAUAUCGAAUCAAUCUUUUUCCACAUUUGACGUUAAAAUAUGAUCAUUUAAGCGAUCUCAUUAAUUCGAAUUGGUACUGAUCAGUAAAUUGUUGUAAAGUAAUCACGGUUACACUCAUUUCCACUACAUAUGUGAUUUGAUAAUACGGUUGAGUUGUUCUGUUUAGAACACUUGUUCUUCAUUAAGCUCCAUGAUCGUAGAAAG